AUGUUCGCAGAGAUGCGUGCGGCCCUCAACAUUGAAAAGCCCACAGACAUCCUCGACCACAUCUACUCGCUCCCUGAAACGGAGCAAGAAGAGGCGCACGAGAAGAUCCGCAACAUCGAGCGCACGGCCAUGAAGAGCCAACAGCCACAAGCUGGCCUCGUCGAACUUAUGGACUACCUGGAUUCGCGAGGCAUACAGAAAGGUAUCUGUACGCGCAACUUCGAUGCGCCAGUCGAACAUCUUCUCACAACCUUCUUACCCUCGUCCAAAUUCAGCCCGAUUGUCACGCGAGAGUUCAGGCCACCCAAGCCCGACCCUGCCGGCAUCCUGCAUAUCGCUAAGGCAUGGAUGCACGAAGAUGGAGGUGACAGUCUUAUCAUGGUGGGUGAUUCAAUCGAUGAUAUGACGGCUGGACAUCGUGCAGGCUGUGCGACUGUGCUGCUGGUCAACGACGUGAACAAACACCUCGCCGACCACGAGCACACUGACCUUGUAGUAAAACAGCUUGAUGAGCUGAUUGCAGUCUUGGAAAAUGGCUUCGAGGGCCGUGCUGAUCCCAGCGACAGAGCGUAG